GUUCAAGUUGUUUUUUGUUUAUAAAAAUAUAAUUAAUACACCCGCUUUAGAAAAGUAAACAAAGAGAUUUCUGUAUUAAUUUGUAUUCUAAAGGUCUUCAAAAAUGGAUAGUGAAAUCCUAGAAGGAAUUGAAUGCAGUUCAAAAUUAGAAUUAGUACCCGAUCCUAGUAACCAAGAUAUGUGGGAUACUGAGGACAAUACACAACUGUCUGAAUUAAAUUAUGAUGGUGAAAAUUCAGAUAUCGAAUUUGAAGAUGAGUGUGAAUUGAUUACAAUUGACCAGUUGAGUGCUGAAACUGGGGAUGUUGAACACAGCAAAGAAAUCCUGGCACCGGCGAGCAUUGAAAAGGACAUUGAUAUAGAACUAUCAACCAGUAUUAAUAUGGCAGAGUCUUUAAUAUUAGCAGUAAGCAAGAAACAAAAAUGUUCAUUUUGCAACUACAAAACAGAUUCUCAGGCUAACCUCAAUCGCCACACUCUGAUACAUGGUAACCCUACUGACCUUCCCUUACAUAAGUGUCCAGAAUGUAUAUAUGAAACUCCACUCAAGUAUAAUCUUGCCAGGCACAUGCUUGUCCACAAAAAUGAUUCUGAAAUUGAACUUUUUAGUUGUCCAUAUUGUUCUCUUAAAACGAAGCAUGGUAGAAAUAUUAAUAAACAUAUUAUGAUGUGUCAUCCUGACAUUGAUGUAGGUGAAAAAUACUAUUGCAACUUUUGUAAAUUUGUUACAAAAUUGCCGGAAAAUCUCGUUCGACACACUAGCUCUGUACAUCAGGAAAAUCCGAAUAUGAAAAUGUUUAACUGUACGGAGUGUCCCUUUAAGACAAGAAUUAAAUGGAAUUUGGAAAAACACCUUUUAAGACAUAAAGAACCUCCCAAACCAAAGAAGAUGUUUAAAUGUCCCCAUUGUUCAUAUGAAAGCAUAUUAAAAACGACCCUUGAAAAUCACGUCCUGACGCAUAAGAAAGAUUGGGAGGUAGACAUGUUCAAAUGUUUGUCAUGUCCUUAUGAAACGAAAUCGAAAAAGAACAUCAAUAGACACGUGCAUGAAAAACACAAAUUUCCUAAGGAACCUCUAAUAUACAAAUGCCCUUCCUGCAAAUAUGAAACGAAUAGAAGUCCAACACUUAGGAAACAUAUUCGGAUGAAACACAAGAAUCCCCAAAACUACCGCCAAUGCCCACAUUGCCCCUUCGUAUCUAAUGUAUUAAAAACGUUCAACGAACAUAUUAGUCAAAACCACAAAGACCAAGAAGUGAAGAUGUACAAGUGUGAAGAGAAAAAGUGCAAGUUUCAAACGAAAAGGAAAAUAAAUCUGAGCCUCCACGUGUUAAAUGUGCAUACGGAUAAGAGGAGAUUGAAGUAUUUGAAAUGUGAUAAAUGUGAUUAUAAGACUAAACUAAAACAUUAUAUGGCUAAGCAUAAAAAGCAGAAUCAUGGUGGUUCGGAUUAGAAAGUUUUAAAAGAUUUAUUGUAUUUAAGUUAAUUUUUAU